AUGCUCUGGAAGACAGUUUAUCUUGUGUCUCUUUUUGUUUCUCGUGCCUGGGGCAAACCAAACCGACAAGUGGAGAACUCCGAUUAUGUCAAUUGGCAGACCUUCAAAGCAAACGGCGUGAACCUUGGAGGUUGGCUCAUACAGGAACCCAACAUUGACCCUACUUGGUGGAAUACAUAUUCUGGAGGGGCCGCCGACGAGUGGGACCUUUGCAGGAACCUGGGCUCUCAAUGUGGGCCAGUCUUGGAGAAGCGUUACGCAACGUGGAUCACCACAUUGGAUAUUGAUAAGGCGGCCCGUUCAGGAGUUACAUUGUUACGAAUUCCUACAACCUAUUCGGCCUGGAUCCAGUUUCCAGGAUCUCAUCUUUAUUCGGGUAACCAGACUUCAUACUUGAAUGACAUCGCCACCUACGCGAUUGAAAAGCACGGGAUGCAUAUUAUUAUCGAUGUGCAUGCUCUUCCUGGUGGUGUCAAUGGAUUGACCAUUGGCGAGGCUGUUGGUCAUUGGGACUGGUUUUUCAAUCAGACUCAUUUCGAUUACUCGAUGCGAGUCAUAGAUGCCGUUAUAUCGUUCAUCCAAAACUCCGGUCACCCGGAGUCUUAUACACUCGAACCUCUGAACGAACCUGCCGAUAACCACAACCUGUCGGUUUUCGGAACCCCCGCUGCCCUUUCUGACGAGGGCGCUGAGUGGGUUUUGAGAUAUAUCCACGCUGUGCUUGAUCGUGUGGCCAGUGUGAAUGGCCAAAUUCCGGUUAUGUUCCAGGGCAGUUUCAAGAACGAGAAGUAUUGGUCCGGCAAUUUCACUGGUAAUGAGAAUCUGGUUUUCGACGUGCAUAAUUACUACUUUGCCGGCCGAAACACCACAUCCCUGAAUCUUCCAUCAUUUCUUCGUUCGGAUGCCAAGACGAUGACUGGUGAUGGAAAGUUCCCGGUAUUUGUCGGAGAAUGGUCUAUUCAGGCUUUUCAAAAGAAUUCUUACUCACGACGUGCGCAAAAUGUGAACUUUGGAUUGGAGACUUUCCACAAUUAUGGCCAGGGCUCAUCCUACUGGACUUGGAAGUUUACCGGAAAUGAAACAGUUGAUGGGCAGGGGGCUCAACGUGACUAUUGGAAUUAUGAGCAUUUCGUCGACAAUGGCUACUUUCAAACGUGUUCUAACUAA